CCAGGACGGCCCUUGGAUGGCUUCUGGCUGGGACGCAGACUCAGCUGGUUUGGCACAUGUGAACGACCUGACUGCUAUCAGAAGCGCAGUGGUGGGCUGUUAAUUCACCGAGGGCGAUCGCUGCUGUCGGUUUCUAAUACACAGUCCUAACCACCCCAUUUACCUACCUGCUUUGGACUGCUCCGAGAGUGAUCGAUGAUCGCAUUCUUGUAUCCAUUUAUUUUUUUUUCACGCCAGUACUGUAAUAGAAUAAAUUCCGGUUGUGACGGGUCCUGUUCCAGUCUUAUAUCUAUCUCUCUUAUACCCCAGACUUUCUCUUCUCUUCUCUCUUCCCCUCUACCCCAUACCCCUUUGUCUAUCUCUGCGCAUUCUUUCUCUUAGGCCCAAUCCAUCAUGUCUAAAACCUUCUCCAAAGAAGACGUCUCGUCGCAUAGCAAACCAGACAACCUCUGGGUUAUUAUCGAUGAGGACGUUUACGAUUUGACUAACUUCCAAGAUGAACACCCAGGUGGAAAGAAGAUUCUUGCACGAAUGGGUGGAAAGGAUGCAUCGAAACAGUUCUGGAAAUAUCACAACGAAGGAAUCUUGAAGAAGUACAAGAGCAAGCUGCAGAUUGGGUCGUUGAACACCAAGAAGGUGGAAGAAGCGCCAGCACCUGCGCCGGCUAAGGAGGCAGCUCCUAAGCCGCAGGCUGCUGCUGCUGUUGAUCUCCCAAACAAAACCUCCGAGCCUCAGGAGCCUUUCGGUGAACUGAUUCCUUUCUCCGAUCCUGCAUGGUACCACGGUUAUCACUCUCCCUACUUCAACGAGACCCAUUCCGCACUUCGCGCAGAGGUCCGACAAUGGGUUGAAUCCGAGAUCGAGCCGUACGUGACCGAGUGGGAUGAGGGCAAGGAAGUGCCCGCUUCAGUUUAUAAGCAGAUGGGUGAAAGAGGUUACCUGGCAGGUCUGCUGGGUGUCAAAUAUCCCGUCCAGUACACCCCUCAUAGAGUCCAGUCCGUUGCACCAGAGAACUGGGAUCUUUUCCACGAAAUGCUUCUUACAGAUGAACUGUCGCGCUGUGCCAGUGGUGGUCUGGUCUGGAACUUGGUUGGUGGUUUUGGCAUUGGUUGCCCGCCACUGGUCAAGUUUGGUCAGAAGUCUCUCGUGGAUAGAAUCCUUCCUGGCAUUCUCGCUGGCGAGAAGCGCAUCUGCCUUGCUAUCACCGAGCCCGAUGCUGGUAGCGAUGUUGCCAACUUGACCUGUGAGGCGAAGUUGACACCCGAUGGCAAGCAUUACAUUGUCAACGGUGAGAAGAAAUGGAUCACCAACGGUUGCUGGUCGGACUACUUCACCACUGCUGUUCGUACCGGCGGGCCCGGUAUGGAGGGUAUCAGUGUUCUUCUCAUUGAGAGAGAGGCCGGUGGAGUUAGCACCAGACGAAUGGACUGCCAAGGUGUCUGGAGCAGUGGUACCACCUAUGUGACCUUCGAGGAUGUGAAGGUGCCUGUGGAGAACGUCAUUGGAAAGGAGAACAAGGGAUUCAAGGUGAUCAUGACCAACUUCAACCACGAGAGAAUGGGAAUUGUGAUCCAGUGCGUCCGGUUCGCCCGUGUUUGCUAUGAAGAGUCGAUGAAGUACGCCCACAAGCGUAAGACCUUUGGAAAGAGGCUCAUCGACCACCCGGUCAUCCGUAUGAAACUGGCCCAUAUGGCUCGUCAAAUCGAGGCCACUUACAACUGGAUGGAGAACAUGAUCUACCAGUGCCAGUUCAUGGAAGAGACCGAAGCGAUGCUCAGACUUGGUGGUGCUAUUGCCGGUCUCAAGGCCCAGUCCACCCAGACUUACGAGUACUGUGCGCGUGAGGCCAGUCAGAUCUUCGGCGGUCUAAGUUACAGCCGUGGCGGCCAAGGUGGCAAGAUCGAAAGACUCUACCGCGAUGUCCGUGCCUAUGCCAUUCCUGGUGGAAGUGAGGAAAUCAUGCUUGACUUGAGUAUGCGCCAGAGUUUGCGUGUGCACAAGAUUUUUGGAAUGAAGCUUUAAUGCUUCUGCCGUCUUCCCUUCUCCUUGGAUAUAAAAUCUGUCUUGAUCUACCAGUGAAUUUGGUCGAUAUUCAGAGAUGUUGAAUGAUCUUUUGUACUAUAUAUCCUAUUUAGCAUUACUUGGACAGCUCUUCUUUUUUGGAAAUAUGAUCGACUUUAAACAUGUUAAAUAUAAUGUUCUGGCUGGUAACUAUCAAUAUCUACGCUAGAAUUGAUCGCGGAUAUUAUCAACAACCAGGCAAAUGUCUAAC